CAGCAUUCAUUCCGUUCAAUGUUUCGUCGACUACAAAAUGGAUAAAAAAUCAGUUUCGGAACUUAAAAAAAUCUUAACUGACAGAGGAAUACCGUGCAAUGGAAAGCGUCGGGCAGAAUUAGUGACUUUAGCAGAAAAGGCCGUUAAACUGUAUCGUGAAAGAGAGGGUUGUGAUCACGAACUUUCCGAGCGAAAGCGACGUUGUGUUGUUGUGGAUGACGGCACUGUUGAUCUGAAUGGCAAAACAGUGCAUUGGACUAGUGACUUAAAGACACUGCCAUCCAUCACUUGUGGUGACGUUUUUGCAUACUUGACGGUGGAAUGUGGGUGGUCAUCACAAAGACUGAAGCAACAUAAAUCUGAUGAUGGCUAUCGUAUGUUUGUUGACAAACACAUAGAAAUGGUUGAAGUUGGAAGGAUUGUUGACACCAACAAUGAUUUUGUGUACAUUCGAGGCAAAGUCAAACCGGAGCAGCGACACACUGCUGAGCGAUAUGAUACAUGGCUCUUGUGUUGUAGUACUGGGGAAGUAAAGUCAGCUGGUUGUGGAUGUAUAGCAGCGGAUGCAGGGUCAUGCAAGCAUGUUGCUGCUUUGCUUUUCACAGUCGAGAAUUUUUCAUCCCGACAUGUAGACAGAGGGACAGCAGUUGGCACUGAUCAGCAAUGUAAGUGGAACCAGCCUCGACGUGAAUCUAUCCCAGUAAGAAUAGCAGAGUUGGACUAUCGUCACAACAAGGAUAAACCACAAAAGCAUUCAUGUACAUCAUUUAAACCAGUCUUGACGAUUGACAGUGCAGCAAUUUUGAAGAUACGGGAGAAAAUUGUGGCUUCUUGUACGACUAGUGGACAUAAUGCGAUUGUGUUAACUUCGGUAUUACCACCACCACCUAAGAACACGCCUCCAUCAAUCCCAGAGUUGUGUGCUCGAUUCCAGUCAUCAGAUGAGGAAAGCAUUGUUGAAUUCAUCAGUCAAGCAACUUCGGAUGAACAUCUGGACUACUACCGCAGCCUCAGUCAAGAUGAUGGAGAGUGGUUGGACGCACGAAUUGGGCGCAUCACUGCAAGCAUUGCUGCUGACGUUCGCAGUUUGAAAGACACUUCAGAAGGGAAGACAGUGAUACAGCGAGUCAUGGGUACUGCACCAAGGAUCCGGACAAAAGCGAUGGACUAUGGUCAUGCACAUGAAAGUGUUGCUCGACAGAUAUAUUCUAGUGAAAUGGAAACACACCACAAGGACUUUGAAUGUAACACGACAGGGUUACACCUCCUGCCAGAAGCACCAUUUCUGGGAGCAUCUCCAGAUGGCAUAUCUACAUGUGCAUGCCAUGCAAAGAGAGUUGUAGAAAUCAAAUGUACUCUGAAGCAUAAGAAUUUGUCUGUGAAAGAAAUUCCAGCGAUAGACCCUUCAUAUCAUCUGGAAUCUUCCAGUGGAGAAGUUUGAUUGAAGAAGACAUCAUCGUGGUACUUUCAGGCCCAACAACAGAUGGGAGUUCUCGCGGUUGAUAGGUGCGACUUUGUCAUUUACACCAGAAAGGGCAUCCAUGUCAUUGACAUUCCAUUUGACCGUGUUCUGUGGGAAUCACUGAAGGACAAAGCAACUCAUGUUUUCUGCAAGAGAAUAGUGCCAUUGCUCAUGAAAUGAACUUGUGUUGAAAGUUAAAACUCCAUGAUUGACAUUCCUUAUGACUGUGUUCUAUGAGAAUCUAUGAAGGUGAAACAGACUUGUGUUUUUUAUGAUGCUGAGAAAUGCAUCUAUCAAAACUAAAUGUGAAAUACCGUAUGUGUAUACCGUCAUUUUUUUUCUUUCAUUUUACUGGACAGUAUGUACUUCGUGCUCGAGGUUCCUGUCUAUUUACUGUGCUUGAUUAAACUAAGACAUGAUGUGUUUGAAUAUCAAUUAAA